GAGCGGGGCGGGCGGAGCCGGCUGGAGGGGCGAGGCGCCCGGCCUGCCGCCGCGCCGGGGCCGGAGCAGGCCGAGACGGGAGGAGAAAAUGCGAGAUUGCGAGAGGAGGAGGAGGAGGAGGAGGAGGAGAGCCAGCAGGGCUGCGCCCCGCGCCGCCGGCCCGUAGCAGCGCCAGCAGCCAGGUGUGGCCGCAGAGGGACGGGAGGUGCCGCGGGCCGUCGCCCUCCGAGUCUAGGAUGUGUAGAGAUUAAGUGCCAAGCGCCAAAAUGAGCGUGACUUCGUGGUUCUUGGUGAGCAGCACUGGCAUUCGCCAUCGGCUCCCUCGGGAGAUGAUAUUUGUUGGCAGAGAUGACUGUGAACUGAUGCUCCAGUCCCGCAGUGUCGAUAAGCAGCACGCUGUGAUCAACUACGACAAGGAGAAAGAUGAGCACUGGGUGAAGGAUCUCGGGAGCUUAAACGGCACAUUCGUCAAUGACGUGAGGAUUCCUGACCAGAAGUACAUCACCCUAAAACUGAACGAUGUCAUUCGCUUCGGCUACGAUUCGAACAUGUAUGUCCUGGAGCAAAUUCAACACAAAGUCCCAGAAGAAGCAUUAAAGCACGAGAAGUACACCAGCCAGCUCCAGAUGAAUUUCAAAGGCACGGCAAUGAAGAGGGCGGAGCAGCCCAUGGAGCAUGGUGUCUACACCGAGUCCCAGCAAGCGAAGCUGGAGAAAGGAGAGAGGAAACCAAUUACAGAGACCAAUACUUAUCGCACCCCUCUUUAUGGGCAGCCUUCCUGGUGGGGGGAAGAUGAUGCAAAUAACAAGGAGGACAGAAGGCAGGAGGAACAUUAUUCAGAUAGAUCAAAAGAGAUAGCCCAGCAUGAAGAGGAACUGAAUGGCAAUAUUUCUGCUUAUAGAGAUUCCCAAGAACAGUCGGUGUUUGCUUUCCGGAGAGAGCCAAGUUACUUUGAGAUCCCAACUAAAGAAUUUCAGCAGCCAUCAAAAUCUCCAGAAACCCAGGUCCAUGAGAUCCCGACAAAGGAUAUCGAUGCUAUAGUAGCUCCAGUUGUGCAGAGUCAUGCCUCUUUCACUAUUGAAUUUGACGACGGUACCCCUGGUAAAAUAAAGAUAAAAGAUCACGUAACUAAAUUUUCACUCAGACAGAGAAGACCUUAUAGCAAGGAACCAGCUCACGCAGAAGUGAUGUCAGCGGAGAGCAAGGUGGCUGACUGGCUCGUCCAGAAUGACCCCAGCUUGAUGAGGCGGCAGUCUCCAGGAGACGAUGUGUACAGUACCAAGAGUGACCUGCCGGUUCACGUGAGGACGCUUAAAGGUUCCCGGUCGUUGACUGAAUCAAGUUGUGUGCCUUCACACCCGUUUCCUUCUCCAAAAAAAGGCAAUAGGCACGAGGACGGGACGCAGAGCGACUCAGAAGACCCUGUGGCACCCAAGGCAGAGAAGGAGACAACGACGGGCAGCGAGCGGGCGGUGGAGCAAACCAAGCUGCAGCGCCAGAUGAGGCGUGACCCCCACGAGAUGCUGCACAACAAGCAGGCGUUCGUCAUCGAGUUCUUUGAGGACACGCCGCGGAAGAAGCGGUCGCAGUCCUUCACGCACAGCGCUCACUCCUCCCAGAGCGACACCGAUCCCGGGCUGAAGACCAAGGUCGAGAAGCGCAAGAACGUGCUGCCGGCGGAGAAGCAGGGCAGUGCGGUGCCUCCAUCCCACAUCGGCACGCAGGCGGGCAAACCCAGUAACAGCUCCUCGGGGACCCAAAGAGCUAGCUCCUUCAAGAGGGAGAAGACAGAGGAUCGGAUCAGCUCUUCGUCCUCCUCCGCUUCCAGAGCAUCAGGCAAAGCCUACGGGAGCGUUGGGAGGAAAUCUAAAAUGGCUCAGGAUUUUAUGGCUGAGUACCUGCGGGAGACUGCUCAGUCGGGGAAAGCAGGGGCUGAGAAACCGGCACCUCAGCCCAUGCCGGCAGCUCCACGCGUGGUUAUAUCAUCAGAACCAGAGUCUGCCUCUACUCCACCUCCGGAGGUAAAGCCAGCCCAGGGCAGGAGGAACGACGAGGAAGAUAGCGUGAGCGAGACGGGCACAUACACCAUCGAGACAGAGUCGCAGGAUAAAGAGGUGGAGGAAGCACGAAAAAUGAUAGAUCAGGUUUUUGGUGUUCUCGAGUCACCUGAAUUUUCCCGAAUAUCCUCAGUCUUCCGACCAGUCAUAAAAGGCGAAAAAGACGACUCUGGUUCUCAUCAGCAUUUAAUCACUGAAAACGGCACUAGUCAGAAGUCACCCUUGCUCCAGGCAUUUGCCUCAAAAGCUGUGAGUGGGUCUCAGGCUGACAUGCAGAUGUCUGUAGCAGCUCAGGGCAGUCAGAAGUGGGUGUCUAGGUGGGCGAGCCUUGCCGACAGCUACUCUGACUCUGGAUCUGUUUCUGGGCAGGCUGACGGAGGUACAGAAAGCGGUGUAGCUACAAAACCUGGGGAACCAGAAAACGCUGUGCCCUUGAGGACGAGGCGCCUUCUUCCCCAGCUCCCGCCAAGCGAUAAAUCGGACAGCCCCACACCCACGGUUCUGGUCUGCCAGGAGGCCUAUUCCGAGGUUACAAAGAGAACCGUCGUGAAGGACCACGGCGUGGAAGCCUAUGGUGAUCCCAGCAGCCGCCUCUUCAUCCAGGAAGACUUGGAUCCAGAUAGCCUCAGCGAUGCCAGCAGAUCCGACGAUGGCUUCAGCUCGGAAAAAAGCAGGAAGUACAAAGAGAACAAUAAAAUGCUAGAUCAGACGGGAGAAGACAUAAAAUCAGAGAGCCGGCAGCAAGGAGCCCCCCGGGUUGCAAACAUGAGAGCUGUAAGUGAGGCAGUUUCUACUUCGUUCUACAUUGGUGAUGACAGCAAUGAUGUGGGGAUUGCCUCCAAGCUCUGUCUGAGCAUGGCCCAUGCUCGAGCAGACAAAGACCCCAAGGAUCAGGAGUUUUCCUUCAAGUCUGCUGGCACACCUGUUCCUGGAAAGCCACCAGUCAAAGACGUCAGUGCUUACAUUAAUGCAGCAGGAAAAAUGGUUAUUUCCCUUCACCAGAGUCCUCAAGAUCAGGAAAAUGUGGCAGGAAAGGAAACAUCGUCUUUUGUUAGACAGGAAAGCUUUACCAAAGAUAAAUCAAGCAGCGGCGUUCCUCAAAAUAAACUUCCGCAUAUUUCAAGUCACCCUCUGCUUAAAGAUUUAGAGGCCGUUCGGUCAACCCGUAUGGACUUUGGUCAGGACACUCAUCUUCUCCUUAAGGAUACCGAAACCGCCUUGGCAGCGCUGGAAGCCAAAUUUCUUGGUCAAAGCCAACAGCUGGAGGCCUCGGAAACUGCUGGUCAGCUGGAGGACUCCUUGUCUGGCGACUCCGACGUGGACACAGCCAGCACGGUCAGCUUGGUGAGCGGCAAAAACGUCCCCACGAGCACCCCGAAACGCAAAGCGGUCGCGAGCUUGCAGAAGGAGAAAUCUUCCUCCACGCCGUCCAUCCAGGACCAGUGCGGGCAGCCGAGCGCGCGGGACAGGCUGACGGAGAAGAGGAAGGCCCACGUGCCGGAGGCGCCGAGGUGCGUGGAGGCCACCAAGCGCUUCCAGAUGAAGCGGAGCGCCGGGACUCGGGGGUCGCUCGACUUCACGGAUGAUGAGAGAAGCUCGAGCCUGCCCUACUUGCCGGUCCCAGACGCCGUCGUGUCUGACCACGAGCACCCGGUAACGCGGCCGGUUCCCAGAAGGAAGCCUUUUCCUCAGGCUGCCAAGGAGGAGCACAGCAAAGCGACGCCGAACGUGCAGAAGAUCCAGCAAGUUCUCACCCGCUCCAAUAGUUUGUCCACCCCACGGCCCACCAGGGCCUCCAAGCUCCGUCGCGCCCGUCUGGGCGACGCUUCGGACAACGAGUGCGUCGAUACCGAGAAAACGGCCUCCAACCACGAAGCCACCGCGCCGGGCUCCAAGCAGACCACAGAGACGAAAAAGCUCUCCCGGCUCGACAUCCUCGCCAUGCCGAGGAAACGGGCGGGCUCGUUCACGGUGCCCAGUGACUCUGAAACCGCGCAGUCGAGGUCGGCGUUUUCGGGCCGGAGCGUGGAGUCCUAUCGGAAGACGGGCGUUGCAGAGGUCAGAGCCGCAGCGAGGAAAACGGCGGCUGCUGCCUCCGCCAAGCAGCCUUUCAGCAGGACCCGCUCAAGCAGUGUCAAGUAUUCUUCCACGUCCACAUCAAGGCGGAGACCACAGGGUUCAGAUUACACUUCUACUUCGGAGGAGGAAUAUGGCUCAAAUCACAGCUCCCCUAAACACAAACGCUCCCAUACUUCAACAGCCACACAGACGCCGAGGAUACGUGGCUCUGGGCUGGGCAAGCAGAAACACAACGGCAGAGAAACGGAUGAUGACGAAGAGUUUGACGACCACCCUGACCCCUACAACUUCAUGGCACAGACAGCAGAGAUAGCAGAAAUAGCCAGACUAAGCCAAACCUUGGUGAAGGAUGUGGCCAUCCUUGCUCGAGAGAUUCAUGAUGUUGCUGGAGAUGGGGACUCACAGAGUUCGUCGGGGACGGGACCAAGCACCUCCCUCAGCUCUGUGCCCAACACUCCUGCUUCUACCAUAUCGGCGAGAGAAGAGAUUGCUCGUAGAUCUUUUCGGCUGGCAUAUCCAUCUCAGCUGGUGCAGCACAUUCCAGAAGCAAGUCUGAACUACCAGAAAGUGCCUCCGGGAUCAGUGGAACUGAAGGAUUUUGACCAAAAUAUGAACGAUAAUAGAGAAGAGGAUCCAUCAAAAAAAACAAGGACAAGAAACCGUGAGGAGGUUAUCUUUGACAACCUGAUGUUGAACCCGGUGUCCCAGUUAUCACAUACAAUCCGUGAAAAUACAGAAAACCUAGCUGAAAAAAUGAAGAUUCUGUUCCAAAACUCAGAAAGGACCUGGGAGGAGAUGGAGGCCAAAAUUAACUCGGAAAAUGAAGUGCCAAUUCUGAAGACAUCAAACAAGGAAAUCAGUUCUAUCCUGAAGGAGCUCAGGAGAGUUCAAAAACAGCUUGAAGUUAUAAAUGCUAUCAUUGACCCUACUGGAAACUUGGAUGUAGUUGCCAGUAACAAAGCAUCUGCUGCUGCUAAACAAUCCACAGCCACUAAAGUCAGGACUGCUAACGCUUCUGGGUCCGCACUGGAGACGUUGUCCCCAGCACAGAUGAGAAACUACACGCAGAAAUCGAACUGUGGCUCUUCUAGCUUGCAAGAUUCGAAUUUCAUUCCAGAUGGAGAGAAAUACGUGAUCUGAUGAAAUAUUUUGUAUUGCUAUCAUACUGUAAUCUACUGUCGCAUUAGUAUUGUAUGUGAGUGGUUUGUGGACAGUUUGUGUGGAGCAGUUGUUUAGAUUGCUAACAUGUUGCACAAAAAAGAAAAUCUAUGCUGUGAGGGUGAAUGGCAAGUCUGUGUAUGCCUUUUAAACAAGACAAGCACUGUGGAGCAGCACAUAUUCAGCAUAGAGGCAAAACGAUUUUUAAAGAAUUACUCACUUAUUCUUCCUGUGUGCCAUAAGAAAACAGGCUUUGCAUACCCUCCAUUCAGUACUGCCGAAGCUAAAGUGUUCUUGCAUUAGCCUGUUUAUAAUUAUUCAGUUAUAACGAGGCGCAGGUUAAAAAAAAAAAAAAACAAAAAAACACAACACUUAUUGGUACUGUAUUUGCUUUGGUUUUUUUUGUUGCUGUUUUUGUUUUUUACUUGUACAAGUGAGCAUUGCAGCUCUGUUGGAAUCAAUGUGUAAAUCCAGCAGAACGAUGGUGCAAUAUAAUGGGUUUCUCAGAGGAACUCUUGCUACAGUUCUGUAAUCAGCAGUCUUAAAAAGGCGAUCACGCUGAAGUUGUACAUAUAUCUUUUUUUUUUUUCAGUCCAAAAAACAAAAGAAGACAGAGCAAACCCUUUGUUGUUUUCUCUUGGGAAAGUAUAAAAGUUAAUGAUGGUGUGAAUGUAAAGAUUUCUAAUACAAUUACUGUUUUUGGUGUUUCAGGCCCAAAGUUUGAUGUAAGUACAAAAAAUCAAAUUUUACAGUUUAGCUUGCCAAAUUUUUGGUACAGUUGCUAUCUUUAAGCUUUUUAUGAACUGUUCAAUCUUUUCGCAAUGAACUAGAAAUACUCCUAGCUGGGCCAAAGACUAAGAUGUUUGAAUUAGCUAAUUGCUAAGAAAAACAUCUGUUCCAGUGGCUCACAUAAUAAAGUUAAUGACACAGUUGCUGUGAACUAGUGUUCACUUGAUGGCACUCAAAAAAUAACAGCGUAAGUGUAGCUCCUCCUUUAUGGUUAGUUCUCCUAUAAUUUUUUUUCAAUGCAAAAGUGCUUGAAAACAGCGGCUCUGUGGUGUUCUUUAGAAACUACCCACCAGUGUCAAGCACUUCAUGUAUCUGAGAUUUUUGUCUGGAUUUUAUUUUUUGUAAUUAUAAUCCUAGAAACACUACUAUGUGCAGUUGCACUAAGCAAUUGCUUGUUUAAAACACAUUGCAUUUUGUAUUCUGCCUUUCAGUUAAGCUGCAAAACCCUAAGCAAUUUCUGUUGCUCUAAAAACAAAAGGUUUGGUUUUGCAGAGGACCUCUUCCAGAUGUGUUUGCUCCCAGUUUUUUCCAUCUUGUAUUGAUUCCUUUUUCAUUCUUCCUGGUCCAUAAACUGUAAUCAGGUAGAGAAAUUCUUCCAUGGUCAUGGAGGAUACAUUUGCUGGGAAAGGUGAGCAGAUGAGUUCCACUUUGCCCUCAUACAGUGUGUAAUUUAACUAGUGAAAUGGUAUCCCAAGCUUGACUGCUGCUUGUGUGCCGACUUUAUAUUUUGGGUGGGUAGUGGAUUCCUUAGUUGCUUCAGUAGUUACCUGAGCUUUUCUGCUAGAAUGUUGUGAAAGUGGGAACCAGUUAAAAUAAUUUAAAUAAGUAGGGAUGCUCACAAAGUGUUUAGUCUUACUAGCAAAGAGCAUGAGUGCUUUCCCGGUGAAGCCAGUGGGAGCUUCCUGUCAAUUUCAGCAGAAACAGGAUCGGUCCCAGAACGGGAAUACGCCAGCAGGCCGUUAGUUUGAGUGUGCAGGACGCUGGCUGGCAAACAAUAGGUCCAAAUAUCCUUCCAAUAUCUUCAGCAGGUUAUAACUCAUCUGCUUAUGUGGAGAUGCUCUUCCAUGAAGAAAUCUGCUGAAUUUCACACAGAUGAAUGCAGAAUAAUAAUAAAAAAUUGCCCAUGAUGCUCUUCUGCCUGUAAUAUACACGCUAUCUGAACGUGUUGAUUCACUUGUUUACUCUGAUCUGUCUUUCCUUGAAAUACCUGACUGUGUCUGUGAUGACUAUCAUCAGUGGUGGUAUUGUUCCUGACAUAUGAAACAUUUUCUCAAGCCCUUCUUUGUUAGGGCUUGAUCUGACCAGGUGCUACCCCAACUCACUAGGAGUUGAAGGACCUUCACAGAUGAGGUAUUGCUGUUAGUUUUGGUUUUGCUGUAGAGACACGUGAAUUACUCAAACAUCUGACUCUUAUUAUUGUUUGAUUGUAUGUUAACCACAUUUCCACAUCUUCGUGGCUACGCUCUAGUGGAUUUUUUUUUCUCUACAAUGUGUCCUUGAUUUGACUUCUGAUUGUUUUCACUUGAAAAUUGCUUGAUUCUUCCUUCCAUGAACACACCAGGAAUGGAUUUCUUCCUUGAUUGCUUUGUUCUGAAUUUGAGAGAGCGCCCGCAGACACCUUACAUCAAUUAAGUCCACCCACAAAAUACGGUACCUCUUCAAGUGACUAAUAAGGAUGCAGCAGUCCGUGUCUGCUUAUAAUUUGGAUGUGUGUUUGAAGGGCUGGGCGGGGAGAUGCACAGGUUGGUUUAUUUGUGACUCAGCCAAAAUACAAAACGCUUCUGUGUCCUGACACAGCGUUCAUGCUUGGAUCUUCGCAUUUAAAACAGUCUUGUUAGUCAGCGAUGAAAUGCAACAUAAUUAUUUCUUGUAUUCACUGUUUCUGAAAUUCAUACACCCCAUUUGCCCAUGUCUGCUCCAGAUACGCCAAAGAGCUAGCCACUUGAGUGUAUCUCCUCUGUUAAUUUUCAGUCUUACACACGGUACUGUGUGCAUCCAUGCCUCCGUGACUGCGGGGUGAGCGUACCAGGUGCGUAGCGGUGUCUUGUUGGCCCAGGACUGGUGUGCAAGAUGCCUUCUGGCUUCGGUGAGCUGUGGAUGGGCCUGGUGUUGAGCUUGGUAGGGGUGACGCUGACCUGUGGGUCGUUCUCAUACCAUUUUGCUUUCACGUGUUUUGUAUUUGACUAAAGAAAUGUAACAAAGGGUGGGAUUUUCAAAGUCUUAGGGAGGCGAGCGCUCAGGCCCUUGUGGGUUUCCAUGCGAUCUGGGUGCCUGAUGCCUUGAGCACCUUUCAAAAUCCCAGCCCUCAGUUCUUCCACUAUACUUGAAAACCAUGUUCUCAGUUCAGCGCUUUCACAUGUAAAAAUCUGUUACUCUGUUGUGCUGGGAUGAAUGUAAAUUCCUGGGAGAAUGUGUAUGAGCUUUGUGUAUGUAGAAUGUGUAUGAGCUUUGUGGGCGAGGACACAGUUGUACCUACAGUGAGGUCAUGUCGUGGUUGUGCUCCAGGAGAAAAGAACGUCUGCAUCAUCUUUGAGUAAUAUUUUAGUAAAGGUAAAACUAGUGGAAUGUUUACAUGCAGCCUACUGAAAAAAAGAGAAUUUAAAAAAGAAAAAAAAAAAAGGAAGAAAAACUGUAAGGUAGUUAAGCGCAAGAUUCUACUAGUUUUUUUCUUGUUUUGCAGAUCACAGUAGCUAUUUUUGGAGUUUGGUAAAUGUGUAUAACUCUUGCAAAGAUCAGACAGAACUACCUGUUCACUUUUGAUGUGCCCCAUGCUGAAUUGUGCCUAUUUCACUAUCUGCUGUUGUUAUGCUGCUGAUUCUGCUGUUCUGAACUGUUCACUGGAUCAUUCCAUUUGCAUGCAACACAAAUGCAAGCUGAGCUGUUUGAGAGUAAAGCUGAAACACAUUUGUAUAACUUGAACUGAUUAAUGACUUUCUCUUUUCCACACCCUCUGGAAAUGCUGUGUAUAAUUUUGAUUUGUUUCUCCUACCUUGAUUUUUUUUCUGCUUUUUUUUAAUGGUAAUUUAUUUUUGUUUGGAUUAUAGGCAGUAUCUGUACAUUUUGUUCCAAGGUGAUAUUGUGGACGUCUUUAAAAAAUAAAAUAAAUUGUUAUUUUAUAUAAUUUUAUCAUAAAGUUGCUCUAAUAAAUCAUUCUUAUAUC